UAUUAACUAAGAUCACAUCUCUAAUCCCAGAUUUUCCUUUUUCAUCAAAAAACAUGCAAGGCCUUCUGCGGGCAGCGAGAAUGUGCCACGAGAAGCUAGAGCUUACGAUUUUGGGCAAAUCACAAGCAAAAAACGCAAGGCAAAUCAAGGGCAUAAACGACAUAUCGGUGAUGGAAUCGCCAAAAAUGCAGCACAAGGGGCUCGAGAACACAACGGUGUCAGAUGUAUUGGUGACCAAAGAAGAACAUAAUAUUAGCUCAUUGCUUAGCUGUAGGAUUGAAGACACCGUUUACAACGCCGCAAAGCAAAUGGCUCAAAACAACAUUGGCUCAUUGGUGGUUCUAAAGCCUGGUGACCAACAUCAGAUAGCAGGAAUCAUCACAGAAAGGGAUUAUGUAAGGAAGAUGGUUGUGCAAGACAGAUCAUCCAAGCACACAAGAGUGGGAGAUAUAAUGACUGACCAGAGCCAAUUGAUAACGGUCACAUCUAACAUGAACAUUCUACAAGCUAUGCAGAUCAUGUCAGAGAAUCACAUACGGCAUGUUCCAGUGAUAGACGGGAAACUUGUGGGUAUGAUCUCGGUCGCGGAUAUUGUCCGGGCAGUAGUGGAGCAACAGAGAGGAGAAGUUAAGCAACUGAAUGAAUUCAUCAGGGGAGAUUAUUAUUGAUUCUACUUUGCCCAAAGCGGAAGGAAAAUAAAAUAGAUAGAGAAACAGAAAAACCCAUAGUCAACUGUAACUCUAAGUCUGUUCUUUAAGUCAUAGUUGCGAGGAAAAUAUGGCGUUCUCAAGGGGCAAAGCCACCUCAAAUGUAAAACACUUUGCAAGUUUGCAAUAGUUGAAUUCCAUAACAAUGUAUUACCAAGAGAAAUAAAG